GUGUCACUGAUAGCGACAGUGGCUUUUUUCUUUUUCGUCCAACUCACUCCCUCCGCUCACUCCACACCAGACUGAGAUUUUCUCCCCUGCUCGAGGUCUAAAGAUGCUCGACGCUGUCAUGGACGCCGUGCAGGGCUUCGGGGUGAGCACCACCCACUACCUGCAGACCAACUAUCAGGACGCCCAGGGCUUGUUCCUCUGGGUGUCCUGGGCCGCCGACCUCAGGAACACGUUCUUCAUCUUCUUCCCGCUUUGGUUUCACCUGCGGGCCUCCGUGGGCAUCAAGCUCAUCUGGGUGGCGGUGAUCGGAGACUGGCUGAACUUGGUCUUUAAAUGGAUUCUGUUCGGGGAGAGGCCUUACUGGUGGGUCCACGAGACGGCUCAUUAUGCAAACACGCUCCGUCCUCACAUUGAGCAGUACCCCAUGACCUGUGAGACUGGGCCAGGCAGCCCCUCGGGACACGCUAUGGGAGCCGCAGGUGUCUACUACACCCUGGUCACCUCCAUCCUCGCCCUCGUGACCAGCAAGAAGAAAUAUGGAAGCAAGAAAUCCAGCAGCAAAGAGUGGUACCUGAAGGCAAUUCUGUGGACGCUGUUCUGGGGCAUCCAGGUGUGCGUGUGUCUCUCCAGGGUCUUCAUCGCCGCCCACUUUCCCCACCAGGUCGUCGCCGGAGUCAUCACAGGUAUGAUUGUUGCCGAAGCCUUCAACAGAACCCAGUGGAUCUACAGCGCCAGCAUGAAGAAGUACUUCUACACGACCCUCCUCUUGACCGCCUUCGCCGUGGGCUUCUACCUGCUGCUCAAAGCGGUGGGCGUGGACCUGCUGUGGACCCUGGACAAGGCCCAGAGGUGGUGCGUCAGGCCCGAGUGGGUCCACCUGGACAGCACGCCCUUCGCCAGCCUCCUGCGGAACAUGGGCACGCUGUUCGGCCUGGGCCUGGGCCUGCACUCGCCGCUCUACACCGAGACCAAGAAGAGCAGCAGCACCCUGGUCAGGGCCGGGUGCGUCAUCAGCUCGCUGCUGCUGCUGCACCUGUUCGACUCCUUCAAGCCUCCCACGCACACCGCGGCCCUGUUCUACCUGCUGUCCUUCUGCAAGAGCGCCACCGUGCCUCUGGUCACCGUCAGCAUCAUCCCCUACUGUGUGAACGGAGCCCUGAGCCUGCAGAACAAAAAGGGAGUGUGAGCAGUGAACUCGGAAGUGCAGACUCCCUCCCCACACAGGGGAAAACUUUUCCUCUGGUAUGCAUUCAUACGUCUAAGUGACGCUCCGGAGAAGCCGAAGGAGAUCCGGUGCCACAUGGACACUGAAACCCCGUGAGCGCGCGUGAUACUAAGUGAGAGCACAAGCCAGGAUGCUCCGCAGCACUUCCAAAGACACAUUCUGAAUUUAGAAAAAAAAUAUAUGAUGAUUACAAUCGUUUCAGAGCCCUGGAAAAGAACAAACAAAGGAACACACGGGUCCGACUGUUUGCUUUCAGCUGCUGUGUUGAGCCUCAGUUCAAGGACAAUAACAGUCACACACUCACAGCUUUGAUAAACGUUAUUUCACGUGUAACAAUAAUGUAUUUUUAAAUGUUACAGAAAAUAUUUUUGAAAAGGUUUUGAAUAUUUUUUAAUAAAAAUCUUAAAUAAUC